AUCUGCAUCAUUUUCCAUCGGAAUUACUCCCAGAACUUUGACAGAAAUGAAAACAAAUCAACACCAAUUAAGAGUCUUCAUCUUGAGUUUAAGUUCAAUUCAUAAAAAUCGGUGAAAACCUCAAAAAUAAAAACUCAAUCCAAUAAUAGGUGGGAAAAUAAAAAAGGAAAUAAAUUUGUAUCUAAUCGAAAGGAUACAUUCUGCCAAAGGGUUGAUUGUGUGUGGUGUGUUGUGUUGUGGAGAAUAUCCGUGAUUAAGUGUGGUGAAUAAUUUUAAACGAAGUGAAGAAAGUGAACGUAAACGACAAAUCUAAAUAAUUUCAGGCAGCAGGAAAAUAAUAAGUCGGAAAAAUCGAAAAAUACUGCAACUAAGCGACACAUUAUGAUGUUGUUAAUUUGGUGUUAAUAAUAUUUAACAUGAAGUUGUUUUGAAUUGAAGUUUGGUGCACCGUGCGUGCGUAUACGUGCGAGUGUGUAUGUGUAUGUGAGAGUGUGUGUAUUAGUAAAAAAGAGAACCUUUGAAUGGCCAAGUUUCUUUCACCACUUCCUUCUGCCCCACCACCACCAACACCUGACAUAAGCAUCUUCAAUUUUUAUUCUCUCAUUAUCGUCUUCGCCACUAUUAUCACCACCACGACCACGACCACCACCCUCCCGAAGGACGUUAUAUAUUAUUGUUGUAUUCGUAUUGUGAAUAGGUUUACCGCGGUGAAAAAGUUUCUUGGCCGUCCCAUUGACAUCCGUGGUCGUUCUUGUUCUCGUUCACGUUCUCGUUCUCGUUCGUAAGGCAAGUUCCCCCUCCCCCAAACUAGAGGGUAUUCGUAUUAUCCGUCCCCAUCAUAUAAUCUUUCUUUAUUUAACGAGUGCAUCAUUUGCAAGUUGAUAUAACUUCUUGCAGUGCAUGGAAAAUUCGCAUCGUGUAAACUGUCCUGUCAUCCUUUUGACAUUUCUCUUUAGAAAAAACGGAACGAACGAAAAAAUAUACUUAGAAGGACAUUCUGUCGCGAUAUGUUCUUUGAAAAUGAACACACAAAAAUCAAUCGAAGUGUAAUAAGUAGAUACAAACUUAUUUAAUAAAUAUUAUACUUACAAGAUUCCUUGGUGCCUUAAUAAAUAAAUAAAGUACGUUACGGCUAAGUAGCUUGCUAAAAUUAUCGUUUACCUAAAAAAAAGAAAAGAAAAACAUCGUCCUUUUAUUUCUUUUGUUAUAAGUGCAAACGAUGGAUAUGGAUACGCAUAAUUUACACUUUCUACCAUCUCACAAUUAGUGUAGCCCCUCGAAAACAUACCUAAAACUGUUGUUCGUGAAAAGUUUUGGGUGAAAAAUUUAAUUCAUAAAAUAGUGUUACAUACUGCAGUUAGCGGUAGAUAAAAAAUAUAUCCUAUUUCCCUUGUGGAAUACCAGCAGAAGAGUGUGAGUAGUGUGAGUGGGAGUGUUAGAAAAAAAGAAAAAUCUCAAAACGGAAGAAAUAGUCCUUUUUUUCCUUCUUCCUGUGUUGAAUUUCUUUUUUUGAAAUUCCACCUCGUUCCGUUCUCUGUUAUAUGCCCACUCGAGUGAAAACUUAAACCAAAUCAUUUCGCCUUCACUGUGCGAGGUGAAUUUGUUUUUGUAAGCACAGAAGACACAAGACAGAAAAGAAAAGGAGAGAAUGAAAGAAUACACGAUAGAAAUCCAUGAAGAAGAAAAGCAAUAAAGUGAAUGGGCAUCUGUCAAAAAAAUUUGUAUGUCAGUCGGUCGAAUUUACGGAUAAUCGGUUUUUUAAUUCGCUUUUGCAUGAAAAUUUUAUUUGAUUGAAAAUUGAAAAAUACAAAUUGCAAAUGUUCGUUUAUUCUUUACAAUAAGUGUGUCUGUGUAUGUUUUUCGGAGCAUCUAACGGAAUAAAUUGCGAAAUCAAAAUAUAAUUUACAAUCCGAAUCCAGCCCAGCUCCAGCAGCGAAAAGCAAAAAAGCAAAAAGGAAACCAGUGUGUCACGUCAUAUCGACAAAGAGAACAACUGUGUGUUUUUUCCUUUCCCAAAAACAGAAUAUAAAUUGAGCAUUUGAAAAAUAAAAGAAAAAAUCAAGUGAAGAGAAGAAAAUAAAUUUCGAAAAAAGUGUAAAUUGAUAUCAAGACGGCAAAUUCAAAUAAAACCCCACCAUUACCAUCAUCAUUACCAUUAAAAAUAGCAAAAGACUUAACACCAAGGGAAUCACCAGGAAAUCAAGGGGAAUCGAAGAAGAACUCCCUCACAACGGCGUGUGGCAUUUAUGAUCCAGCGGCGAUCACGGAAACGACGGCGACGACGAAUACGAAAACGGCGGCGAAAUCCAACAAUAAGAUCAAUAAAAGGCCAUCAGGAGGCAUUAUAAUACCAAGUUCCACAACAGUAGUAGCAACAGGAAAAUCAACAUCCACUACCACCACGAAGACGAAGAGGAUCCCCACUAGCACCACCCUCAGUAGCUGUCACAAUAGUAGUUCGACAAGUACAAUGGCUUCGUCGAAUCACCGUGGCGGUGGAGGCGGCGCUAUUCAAAUUGGAUCUGCUUGGUUUCAACGUAAAAUCAAUUUGCGUCCUCAACAUCGUGGUGUUCAUUUAGUAACCGAAGAAAUUCUCAGACAGAUGCCAGAAUUGGGUCAGUUUUCUGUCGGACUGUGUCAUGUGCAAAUUCUUCACACAUCAGCGAGUUUAGCGUUGAACGAAAGUUGGGAUCCAGACGUGAGAGAUGAUAUGGAAAUGAUGUUAAAUAAAAUAGUUCCAGAAGGCUUACCGUACAGGCACUCGUGUGAGGGACCUGAUGAUAUGCCAGCACAUGUGAAAGCAUGUUUUCUAGGUAGCUCACUGACAAUCCCCAUCACGGAUGGAAAACUUUCAUUAGGAACAUGGCAAGGUGUUUGGCUGUGCGAACAUCGAGAUCAAGCUGGCUCCCGUAAAUUAGUAAUAACAUUAUCCGGAUGUCCAAGGGAAUCGGCACGUAGCCCUUUGUCACCGGUAUCACCAAUUGCGUCUACCUCCAGUUAG